GUGACUGUAGCUGUGGCUACCUCAAAAUAUCAGUCUUUUAUACCAUACCUAUUGUUUGAUACUUGUUAAAGUUUUCUUGGUGAGGGCUGCUGGAUGAGUUAUGCAAGUGCACUCACAUGGCAGGAUGAGCGGGGUAAAAUGCUGACAUAGAUUUCCUGUCAGGAUAUAGUCACAUGGGGACGUGAAACUACUCUACACUUCAUAAACUUACGGAGGAAUUAAAGAGGAAGGGAGAACAGCAGAACGGUAGGGACGUUAUUUUACUUCACACACGAUUUCACUCUACCUUUGAUUCAGGCAGAUACUUGAACUUUACAAAAAUCAAACAACCUUAAAUAUCUGCAAUGGCUUUUAGUGCAUUUACACAAACACAUGUCUAUGAAAAGCAAGUAGCCCCAAAAGAGAAGGACAAAUCCAGUAUCCAGUGCCUUGAGUGCUGUGGCCAAAAUGUGUAUAUAGGAACCAACAAUGCAACAGUGCAGCAUCUCAUACUUCCCAGUAUCACAAAUGGAGAUCUGAGUCCCGGUCAGAGCAAAACCAGAGAAGGUAGGACAAGAAAACUGGGCUCAAACAACCAAGUAGCCCAACUGAGGGUAGUUCCACUUUUCAACCAUCUGCUGGUCUUAUGGGAUCGGAGCGUUACUGCCCUCAACAUGUUCUCCUUAGAGCCCAUUCCAGCUCUGAAGAAGAUCCAGCAUGUGUCUUUGUUUGAGGUGUGCGACUCAAUGCUCUCAGCCCAGACGACAUGUGUGCAGAUGGUGACCACCUCCAGCCGAAGGAAAGUGAUCCAGAUCCACAUGGUGGGAGUGGACAGGUGGGAGGUCUUGAAGGAAGUCCCUCUGCUCCAGGACCCUGUGGCCUUGGCGGUAGAUGGCGCCUGUCUGUGUGUUGCUACCAAUGACAGGUAUCUCCUAUGCGACAUUCAAACUGGCAGCAGCGAUGAGCUUUUUCCUCACAAUCAUGGCAAACAGCGUGUCAUUGUUACCUCAGUGGGGGAGGGGGAAUUCCUCCUAAAUGGACCUGAAAAUUUAGGCAUGUUUGUGAUGAAGACAGGGAUAUGCCAGCGUCCUCCCCUGCAGUGGCCUCAGGAGGUGCUGACAGCCGGAGAAUGUUUCCCUUACAUUCUAACCCUGCAGCCCCAAGUGCUGUCUGUCUACAGCAUGGUAGAUCAGCAAUGCAAACAGACUAUGAGUCUCAGCGGAGCGAAGGGUCUGGUCUCCACAUCAGAUGGUGUGUUAGUGUUCACAGAGAGAGACAUUUUCAGCUUGCGCCUGGUGCCAUUCCAAGAGCAGAUCCAGGCACUCGUAAGCCACGAGAGGGUCGAGGAGGCCUUAUUGCUGCUGGAAGGAGUUCAAGGCCGGCGUCCACUUGACUCAUACAAGGAGCUACAGAAGGCCAUCACUUGCAUGGCUGGAUUUGUUCAUUUUUACCAGCAGGGUUUUUCUGAGGCCAGAGAUCUGUUCAUUAAAAGUGAGCUGGACCCCAGAGAAAUCAUCUGUCUCUACCCUGACAUGCAGUCGUGUCUCAGUGAGGACUUUCAAUCCCAGCUUGAUCAAGCAAACAAGGGCAGGGAUCUCCAGGUGGUCUGGCAAGAGGACAGAAACACAUUUCAUCAUUACCUGAGCUUCCUCGGAGAUUUUCUCAGGGCAGUCAGAGGAACUGAGCAGGGCCUGAAGUGCGUUAAGGAGGUGGACUGUGCCCUCCUGAGGCUGUAUGUAGAACUGGGAGACACUGAAAAUCUGCAGCAGCUUGUGGCAUUUCCCAAUGAGUGUGAGCUGGACCACUGUGUUCCCAUUUUGGAGCAACACAACAGAUUUUUUGCAUUAGGUACCCUCUUUCAAAGCCAUGGAAAUCAAAUUGAGGCAAUUCAGACUUGGCUGAAAAUUUCAGAUGGCAUCCACAAAGACCCCUCCUGCUCAGAUGUAUACGAACACAUAGUGUGGACUCUCAGUCAGCUGCAAAACAGAGAAGCUGUGUUGACAUUUGCUGACUGGACUCUGACCAGAAACCAGGAGAUAGGUGUGCAGAUUUUCAUCGAGCGCCCAGCAGAAGAUUGCAUAGAAACGCAAGACAUCCUUGAUUUCUUGGAGAAGUACCCACUGGCAUUGCUUUUGUAUCUUGAGUUCUUAAUCCAUGAUUUGAACAGUGAGGAGGAGAGACAUCACAACCGUCUGGCCUUGGCAUAUGUUACUCAGACUCUGCAAGAGAAAGAGGAAACAGAUUUGAAGAAGACCAGAGGGAAGUUGCAGCAGCAACUUUGGGAGUCCAAAUUCUACGAUGUCUCCACUGUGUACGAGAGUGUCAAAUCAACACACCUGCACAUAGAGAAAGCCAUUCUCCUUGGUAGAGCUGGCGAAUACUCUCAGGCACUGCAGGUGCUUGUUCACCAGGAGCAAGACACCCAGACUGCAGAGGCCUUCUGCCACAGGGCUGCCCAGGGUCGAGACUCACAGUUCAGGCAGACCCUGCUGCUCACCCUCCUCCAAAUCUACCUGAGCUCCAAGGAUCUCUCCAGCGCUGCAGUGGAUCUGCUCAACAACAACCCUCAGGUCUUUGCAGCGGAGAAGGUCAUUCAACUUCUCCCGGAUUCCUGGUCUGUUCAGCUCGUCUCCCGGUUCUUAAUUGGAUCCCUCAGAGAGACCUUGCACCAGAGGCGGAUGGCAAGGCUGCAAAAGGCAUUGAGCCAAGCGGAGCUCAUGCGGCUCAAGGUCAUUGGAAUGCAGGCCUCUAAAACAAAGCUCAGACUGGACAAGGGGCAGAAGUGCAAGGUUUGUCAGAUAGAUCUUGCAGAGCCACAGUUUGCCUGUAGUCUCCAUGGUGAUCUGAUGCACAUGAGCUGCACUGGCUCUUCAUCAUCGUAAAGGCACAGCCAAACUAUUGUCUGUUCAUGAAAAUAUGUGCAUCUCAGCACUCUUGACAAUCACACACACAUCACACUUUCUGCCCCGAUUAGUGUCUGCUUCCGAUCCGAUAAUUUUUCAAGAAAAGUCUGCCUCAUCUAGGCAAACUCUGUACAAGGAUUCAAUUCAUGGACCUCGGACCAAACACUUUCUUUAAUUAGAAAAAAAAAAAUACAUUGUGUAAAUAACUGGUUUCAAAAUGCAAAAGAGCAAGCAGUGCACAUUUUCAGGGUGGUAUGUCUGAGCCAUUUCCUAGAGACACUGCAGACAGCAAUAGCUAUAAAGUGAAUUGCGAAGGACACUCAGGGGCAUACAGUCACUGAUCAGACAGUGGUGUUUUACAUGGAAACCACCAGUGGUCACACUGAUGACCAGAGGGAAUUUGACCAUCCUGCAGUACUGUAUAUAUGCAACCCCACCAUCGCGGUUUCCACUGACUGUGUAUAUUUGUCUACAUAAAGCUGGAAAUAGAAAGUCAACAACUGAGAAGCUGCACGUGAGAGACUUUCUUAUUCAGCCCGUGCAUUAAUCCACAUUUAUGACCAGAAAAAAAAGAAAAAAGGAAUCACAAUUACAGGUUUAAAACUGAAAAGCAAACAGGCCAAGGAAGUGGAGAGGUUUGAGUCAUUUCUAAUGAUUUUACAAGCAGCUAAAAAGACAUACAUGUGCAUGGCCUGCGAAUGAAACGUGAAAUCAGAGGCCAUUUUUACCAUCAUCAUCUCUGGAUCAUUAUGGAACAUGACAGACAUGUACACCAACUAAUCACACACAAACUCUCCUGUGUCCUGCAUGGGAAUCUUGUAAGUAAACUUAAAUGCAUAUCAUUAAAUAAAUGACGCUCCAGAUGUAUUUGUCUAUUUUUGCUGUAAUUUAGUCAUUAAGGUUAACCAUAACCAAGAGUAUUUCUUUAUCCUGAUGCAUUUUGGGACAGGAGUUAAGGAGACGCCUAAACGAGCUGGAACAGUAACUUAAACAGCAAGUUCUUGGCCUGGGGUGAGUGACUAAUUGAAGUGUAGAUAAAUAGCGAAUUACGAGCAUGUUGGAAGGGAUUAUGUCCUUGUGAUGCCAUUGCCAAGAUCUCUUCAGUUAUUCUCUCCUAAUGAGUUUUUCGUUGUUCUCGAGGCUCUGGGAGUUCAUGUAAUGUUUCAAACUGUGGGGUGUCAUGAAGCCUUUUUGGUGUGUAACAAGAAUUAAAGGUUUCAAGAAUGCACUCGAUUUAAGCUCUGACUUGAAAUUUCUCACUUUGUGUGUACAAAUUUAACUUCUGGCUCACAGAAAUAAACUGAUUGAUAUCCCAGAAAACCCAA